UAUCAUCCACAACAUUCAUUACACAUCAAGGUGGUUGCAGAAAAAGAAGAUGCACAUGGUGAAUGCAAGAUUUGUAGAGGUAAAUUGCUAAAAAUGUAUUAUUAUUGUUCUAUAUGUGAUUUCGCCAUCGAUUUGACAUGCGCAAAAAAAGAAGUUAUAAUAACGGUUGAAGGUUCAAAGAUCCAUGAACAUCUGUUAUCCCUUGUUCCUGAGAUGAUUAAGUUUACUUGUCAUCUAUGUGGAUUAGUUGAUGACCGAUUUCCUUAUGUAUGCAACAUAUGUGAUCUGAGUUUUCACAAAGAUUGCGCUGAAUCCACACCAGAGAUCAACUACUCAUGUCAUCCUAAACACCCUUUAAAGUGUCUCAUGCGUAUUCCUAGUUACACAGAUGGAAAAUGUUCUUUUGUGGAUGUCAAUUGUGCAAAAAAUCCACCUCUUUUCACUCUAGCCAAUCCUAAAGCUCAUGAGCAUCCGCUUGUUCUGAUGCCGCAGCGAAGUUUUGUCUGCAAUGCUUGUGGAAUGGAUGACGAUCCAAAUCCUUAUGUAUGUCGUGAAUGCAAUUUCAUGAUCCAUAGAAAUUGUGUGAACAUACCACGCAUCAUAAAAGUAAGUCGUCAUGUUCACCGUAUCUACUACAAUCAAUGCCUUGGCGCAGGAGAUUGGAAAUGUGGAGUGUGUCGCAAAGAGAUAAACUGGACAUGUGGGGCUUAUUCUUGUUUGAAAUGUCCUGAUUUUGCCAUUCAUUUGAGGUGUGCCACAAAGCAUGGAAUUUGGGAUGGGAUUGAACUUGAAGAAACAUCAGAAGAUACUAUAGAUGUUAAAUCAUACGAGGUGAUCGAAAAAGGAGUAAUAAGGCAUUUUAGUCACGAGGAGCAUACUUUAAAGCUCAAAGAAAUAAGCAGUGAACAUUGCAUGUGGUGUAAAGCAUGCUCAUAUCCCAUAUUUUCUAGCCCAUUCUAUCGUUGCAUGGAAUGUAAUGAUUUCAUUCUUCAUGAGAAAUGUGCUUAUCUCCCAAAAAAGAAAAUAGAUUCCUUCUACAAGAUGGUGAUGACUUUACUCCCACUUGACGGUGUACGUUUCUGCGAUGCUUGCCAAAACUUUUCUCAGGGUUUUUUGUACAAAGGUGGUAAUGAAGAAAUCUGGCUAGAUGUGCGAUGUGGUUCUAUCUCCGAGCCUUUUGUCCAUGAAAGUCAUCCUCUCCAUUCCUUGUACAUCAACUAUUCCACAGGAGACAAAUUUUGUAGUGCUUGUGGAGAUAAAGCAACUAUGGUUCUGAGUUGUGACGAGUGUGGAUUUUUUUUAGACUAUAAAUGUGCUAUGUUGCCAAAGAUGGUUAAACACAAAAAUGAUAAAGAUCAUUUUCUGUUUCUUUGUUAUGGAGAACAAACGAGUGAGCAGUACUGGUGCGAGAUAUGUGAGCAAGUAGUAAAUCCAGAGAAAUGGUUUUAUUCAUGUAAUUAUUGUGGCAUCACUUUUCAUGUCAGAUGCACGCUCGGAGACUUCAUAUGGAUUAAAUUGAAAGGUGAGAGUAAAUCAUCCGAGAUUUAUAUGAUUUUUAAUAAUCAUAUAAAUCGACCAAUUUGUUAUGGGUGUAAGUCUCGAUGUCAACUCCCAACCAUCAUGAAGUUGUAUGGAUAUACAUUCUGUUCUCUGCCGUGUUUCAAAUGGAUGGUAGCAAAUCUCGUGGGAAAAAAAUCGUCAUCAUAA